UACAUGUGACACACCUUAGUACUAUUUUGAUCUUGGAGAUACGUAUAACCACGAAAUCUUUUAGUUAUGUUUAAAUCAUAAUAUAUUUGAACGAAUUUCCUAUACGUCGAUCACAUAAUUAUCGAUAUAUAUGUAUUAUUCUCAUCUAUGGAUUGUUUUUCAUAUUUGAAUACGGAAUAAUGUUGUCUCAGGAAACGUCAGCAUUCAUACUUAUAUUGUUCGUGGAUAUAGUAUUAACUCAAUGUCCUGUUGGCUGCAAGUUAUGUUCCGGGUCAACUUGCACAAGUUGCGAAUCAUCUUUCUUUUUAUCAAAUAACUUGUGUUUACCAUGUCCCGAAAAUUGUGACAGCUGUAACAGCUUGGAUGACUGUACUUUAUGUAAGCCAAGCAAGUUUGGUUUACAAGCAAAAUGUAAUUUCACCUGUGAAAGAAAUUGUCUAAACAGUGAAUGUCAAGAUGAUACGGGAUUUUGUACACAAUGCAAACCUGGUUUUUAUGGACAACAAUGUACUAACAACUGUAGUGUUUGUGCCAAUGAACGUUGUGAUUUACGUACCUGCUCGAAUGGUUGCACAAACGGAUAUUAUGAGUUUACAAACGGUGUUGAAACAGUAUGUCAAAAGUGUUCGUUUAAUUGUAAACAAUGUAAGGAUGGUAAAACAUGUUCAAUUUGUAAUAAUGGUUUUCACCUCUAUAAGUUAAAUGACAGUGUUCACUGUGUGUCAUGUUUGCAAGAAUCGCAAUGUUCGAACUACUGUGUUAUUCGAGGUUGUAACCAAUGUCAAAUACACGACUAUUCGUUAGUCUGCGCUGAUUGUCCAGAAGGGCAAACAUUCAAUGGCGAAACCUGCGGAUCACACACAUCAUUGUGCUCUAAAGAAUGUUCUACGAAAUGCGAUAGUACUGGAAUAUGUCAAGGAGAAUGUAAUGAGGGCUGGACUGGUGAAAAAUGUUCCGAACAAUGUAACAGCAAGUGUUUAAAGUGCUCAAAAGAUAACGGAAAUAGUUGUCUACUGUAUAAAGAAACAUCAGUGUCGGCAACAACAACAUUAGCCGAAACUGUAACCCAACAACAAAAAUGUGUGCGGUGCGAAGAUGAAGUUAAUAAUUUUACCAUUGGUUUUUUCUCUGGAAUCGGAUCUUGUGUUGCCAUAGAAGUAUUUGCUGUAUUGUUUUACCUGAUACGUCGAAGGUAUCUUGCAAGUAAAACGCCCCAAGAAUACAAACCCAACGAUGUGACUAGAAAUGAUUCAGAGCUGUAAAUACUCAGUCGGCUGAAGUGACUAAUAAUUACGAGAGUUUGAUUAAUAACACGGAUAAUUUAUACAAUGAUCUCGGAACAACAUUGUCAUAGAUGCAAGAGGAAUGUGUGUUACUUGUGGAAACAAAACAA